AAAGUUCCCUUCAACUCCAAGAUUGUGGACAACCAGGUGACAUCCAAAAUGAAAGCCCACCAAAACGUCACAUCCCUAUUCAAAUCCAAAGACUUCGACGCCCAUGGUUUCCCGGUCGGCCUCUGUCCCCACAAUAUAGUAUUUAAACCACCGCCUCACCAAAAAAAAUCCCAGACCAAAACCAUCACCAUGGCGGCGCGGCGGUCCACGGCGAGCAAGCCGAGCCGGAGCGACGUCGUGUUGUGCGACGAAGAGCAGAUGCGAAUCACCGAUCAGAUCAGAGCCCAGUUCGAUUCCACCGCCCCCAAGCGGCCGAUGAAACCGAGCCGAAGCGAAUCCGAUUCGUCGCCACAAAACCCAUCUGGAAUCAACUCAGUCGAGGCUAUUCCUGAGCUCGAUAAGCUCCGAAACCUGCAGUCCCAAUCUCAUGUUUUACGCUUGGGAGUUGGGGAUUCGUUGGUGCAGGAGGACUAUGUGGAGACAGAGUAUUACAAGGAGUUGAAUUCCAUUGAAAAACGCCAUCAUAAGACAGGGAGUGGAUUCAUACAGGUAGGGAAUGAAGGAGGACAAAAUGGAGUCCAUGUUAACAACACUGAAACUGAGUUUAUUGAUGUUGCAAAUGGGAGGGUUCAUCUUCAUGGUGGCUACAAAGGCAAUCCUGCAACUAAUGACUGGCUCCCAAACUUUGAUGAUCAUGAUUUGAUAUUCAGAUCCCGAAAGCCCAAUCGAAGCGAAGGUUCCUCGCUCUAACCAUGGAGAAAUGAAACAAUGUGGCUAGCCAUUUUGUAUACUCUUGACAUACAAAACGAGGAUUUAAAAUUGUAAAAUUGUAUUUCGAACUCGAUUUCAAGUUUUGAUGCUUGAGGAUAGUAUGCAGCCACAGUCUGGCUGUAUUGCUGACAUGAAUUGAACUAGCAUUGCUAGUUCAGUCUUAAUUGGAUUUCAUAUUGAAAUCUACAUUGGAACCAAAAAGUUGGACAUAUCUUUUAUGUUUGGGUAAGGGUGUCUGUAAGCUAAUUUGCUUGUGAAAGGUUUUUUUUUUUUUUUUUUUUGGCAUAAUGUUGGAUGUUAUUUAUUAUU